GCAAGCAGCGCUUCCUGGUCCACGUAAUGAGAAGAUCUCUGAUAUCCUCUUUGCCAAAUAAUGUCAUUUGACCGUGUUUACCCAAACGGAUUUUCUUCGUUCAUGUUUGCCAGUUGAACCUGGUCGAUAGGUCCAGGUGACUGGAGCCAUUCUGACAGUUUAACGUCGCCUCAAACGGUUGCAAGAUGUCUUGGCUUACUGACUUGGCUGGGAAAGCUGAACACUUCCUGAAUAAAGUGGAUCAAGGAGCUGCCACCGCCCUGAGCAAAAACCAGGCCACAGCAUCUUCCUUUUCGUCAUCUUACGAAGAUGAAGCCACGGUCAAAAGUGACUACAUCUCUUCAGGGUACAAGACCGACUCCGCUGUGACUCAUCAUGCCUACACGUCCUCUCGUGAUGCACCGGGUUUCAUCUCCGCUGCGGCCGGCAACAUAAAGAAAUCGAAUGCAACUCUGCUGGCCGGGACCGCCAACGUGGCCAGCGCUCCCUCUAGUUCUGGCAGCAGCGCUCCCACCUCUGCCAAGACUUCGUCUGGUUUUGUCAGGCCCAAAAAGAGUGAGCAGGAUGUGGACGAUGACAUGCUCUUUGACUUUCUGAACAGCUCCGACCCUCCUGUCAGCACCAGGAGGGAUUCAAGAAGGGAGCUUGGAAAAGUGGCAAGUCCAGUCGCGGAAGCCCAAAAUCCAACGCCUCCCCUUUCCACUACUCCCCAUACCAUCCCCUCAGCCCCCUCUACGCCCCCUUCGACCCGGGGUUUAUCCAGGGCCUCCAGCAUGAGCUCGCUGUCUGCUCACAGCAACAAAACAUCAGAGGAGACCUCUACUAAAGAACUAAGCCAAGACACACCUGAGAGUUCAGACUCCGGCUUGGCUGCCCCGCAGGAGUCCAGCAAGCAGGAGCCUCCUCCCCCCACAGAGGAGCCACAGAGCCAGAUUCUGUCCAGUCUGCGGCUGGAGAACCAGCUGCUCCGCAGUGAGGUGGUCUCCCUCAACCAGGAGAUGGCCUCAGUCAUCCAGAGAGCAAAAGACCUGCAGGAUGAACUGAACCAGGCCCGCCUGCGUGCAGACAGGUGGAACUCGGAGCAGUCCCACACUGACCGGACUUUACGAGAGCUCAGGUUGCACGUCGACGACCUAAACGAAGCCCUCUCGGCCAAAGACGGUCAACUUGCAGUCCUAAAAAUCCGACUUGAUGAAGCCGAUCAGCUUUUAAAAUCCCGGAGUGUCGCAUUAGAGGAGAUGCAAAGAGAAAAGUCAAGAAUAGUGCAAGACCACUCAGAAGGGAGCAGCGUGCAGUCCCAAGCUCUUGAAACGAUCCAGGAGAGGCUGCGAGAGGCCGAACUGGCUCUCAGGAGGGAACAGGACAGCUACAGACAGAUGCAGAGUGAGUAUGCAGGCCGCCUCUCCAAAUUAGAGGCUGAGAGGCAGACCCUCGCGGAGACGGUGACUGCGACAGAGCGCAGAGCAGCAGAGGAGAAGCUCAGGCUCGACGACUACCAACAGCAACUGAAAAGUGCCAAAGCUGCAGCCGAGUCCGCCAAGCAAGAGUUACAAGACUACAAACACAAAGCUUCACGCAUCCUCCAAUCUAAAGAAAAGUUGAUCAGCAGCCUGAAGGAGGGAUCUGGUCUGGACACUCUAGACGGCGGCGGAGCCGCGGCUCUGGAGCUGGAGGAUCUGCGUCAUGAAAAGGAGCUGCAGAGGGAGGAGAUCCAAAAACUACAGGGGCAAGUGCAAACACUUAGGACAGAAAUCCAGGAUUUGGAGAGUCAGGCCAUGGCAGAGGCCGAAAGUUGGCGGGAGCAGCAGGUGCACUUAGAAGAACAGCACGCCCUCCAGAGCAGAGCUAAACAGGAGGUGGAGGCAGAGGUGGAGCGCUACAAACAUGAGAUGCAGUACCUUGAAGAUGAGCACCAUCGAGCCAAAAAUACUCUGCAGAGCCGCAUCAAAGACAGGGAGGAUGAAAUCCAAAAACUCAGGAACCAGCUGACCAACAAGACUCUCAGCAGCAGCAGCCAAACAGAGCUGGAGAAUCGACUCCACCAGCUGACGGAGACUCUCAUCCAGAAGCAGACGAUGCUGGAGGCCCUGGGGACGGAGAAGAACUCCCUGGUCUUCCAGCUGGAGCGUCUGGAGCAGCAGCUGAAGAACGCUCAGGGGGGGCAGAGUGGAGGGCCGGCCAUCAACAUGAGCGGCGUCGAGGGACCAGGAGCACGACAAAGAAGCACACCUGUGCUCUUCAGUGACCAGGACAGUCCAGGAAUGUACGGCAAAGUACGCAAGGCAGCCAGCACUAUAGACCGCUUCAGCAUAAGACUGGGAAUCUUCCUGAGGCGUUACCCUAUGGCCAGAGUUUUUGUUAUCCUGUACAUGGCGAUACUGCACCUGUGGGUGAUGAUCGUUCUUCUGACUUACACACCAGAGAUGCACAGUCGUCCUGAUGGAAGAUAGGCUUCGGUUUCACGGUUGGGUGCUUGAAGAUGUUUUUCUAUGGCCUUCACUGAUUGGAAGCUGCUGGAUCAUGGGCUCUGGGACCUGCCUGUUUUGCACAUAUAUGCUAUGAAAUAAAGACAUUUUCUCUGAUUUAUCCUUUAUUGUUUCCAACCCGGAGACUGAUAGUUUUAAAGUAAUAACAGAGUGAUAUAAUGUGUUGGUGGUUUCGUGAGAGGACAGCGGUCAAAAGUGGUUUUAUGUCUGUCCUUCUCAUCCUCUGCUUUCAGAUCUGUUCCGUUGAGAGAUUGUAUUUAACACUAUGUAUAAAAGAAUCUUGUAAUAAACAAGUUAUGAAACCACA